GCGGGCACCCGGUGCGUCCCCGCAUCGGGGAGGCCAGGCCGGGCAGCCCUGGGGCCGGUCGGGGCGGCGUCACUGCACCCUCCGCCAGGCCCCGCGGGAUGCACCGUGGGAGCCGAGGGCGGAGGCGACACUCUCAGGUAAAUUGGCAAGAUGAGGAGCAGCAAGUCAAAAGAGGUGCCUUUACCAAAUCCAAGGAGCUCUCAAAGCAAGGAGACUGUUCAAGUAGAUAUAACCACAGCGUGGGAUGCACUUUCUCAGACCAAGGCUGCUCUGAGACACAUUGAGAACAAAUUAGAAGUAACCCCUUCCAGUACAGCUGUAAUCGAUUCUGUGAUGGAUGCUAAGAAGUCGACAAGUGCUACCCGAAAAAUCAGUAGGAAAGAUGGUAGAUAUUUAGAUGAUUCUUGGGUGAGUGCUCCAGCUUCCAAAUCUACUAAACCACGGAAAGAGAAAUCCCGUAGUCCUCUUAGGGCUACCACCCUGGAGAGUAAUGUUAAGAAAAGCAAUCGUGUGGAGUUCCGUGAACCUUUGGUUUCCUACAGGGAAACCCACAGUACACCUUUCAGCUUAAGUCCCAGUCAUCUGGAGUCAAAGCAUGUCUAUUGUGUUCAUGAGGAAAAGGCUGAGAGUGGGAAGCAAAUCGUAGGCAGUCGGGAAGAUCGGAACCUCCAUUGCUGUGAUUUGGAGAGCUCUCAACCAUCUGUCAUCAGUGAUACAGUUGUUAGAUUUUUAAAUGAUGGACCAGCAAUUGAUGCAUUGCACAGUUCUGAAUGUUUAACUAAAAUGGGAGUACAUGUAAGAACUGAGGAAGAAAUGCCUAACAGAACAAAAGGAAAUGAGAACAAUUCAAAGCCUUCUUUUAAUAACAUGGGACUCGAGGUUGAUCCAAAAGUGUUGCUGCCUGACUCUUCUCCAUCCUCUACUAGUGCCUGUAAUUCCCAAAGAUUUGAUAUUUCAAAGCGGCGACAACAUGAUGUUAAACUGGAAAAACUUAAGGAGCGGAUUAGGAAACAGUGGGAACACUCAGAAGACAUAAAUGGCCAAGUCCAGACUCUAGGUCAUAUUGACCAUCCAGUAAUGGUUGUUAAUGUUGAUAACUCGGUGACAACAAAAGUUAGGAAAGUGGCAACAGCACCCCCUCCUCCAGCAUAUAAAGGUUUCAACCCUUCGGAGACCAAGAUUCGCACUCCUGAUGGAAAAGUGUGGCAGGAGGCUGAGUUUCAAAACAUGAGCAGAGAGCUGUACAGAGACUUAGCACUUCAGUUUGCAGAUGAUACCUCUGUCAAAGAGAAACCUGCUGAAAAAAGUAAAGAAAAGAAAGUGGUCAAACCAGUGCGAAAAAUCCAAAAAGUGACACAGUUGUCAAAUCCAGAAUGCAAAACAGGUAGUAGUCGUUUGAUAAGUACAUCUUCUUGGCGAGAUGGACAAAAGUUAGUGAAGAAGAUUCUGGGACCUGCACCCAAGGUGGAGCAAAAAGAGCGAAGACCAACAUCGAGUGACAGAAAUGGAAGAGAAAGAACGGCUAAAUUUGGGGCCCAUAUUGGAAGAGCAGAAUCUGACCCCAAGUUGGAUGUUUCACACAAACAUCUUCCACGAAACUCAGAACAUUCAAGAAGUAGAGCUCGGUCUGAAAAUAAUAUAGUGAAAUCAGCCCCAUCCCUUCCAGACAAUAAGCAGGAGGAAAAUGCUGCCUUAAAAAAGAACUUUUUGCCAGUUGAAAUUCGUGGCAUUCUUGAUGACUUACAGCUAGAUUCUUCAGCUCAGACUAUGAGGCAAGAGAUUGGAGAGUUACAGAAUCAGAAGUCAUCAGCACCAGUGCAGGUACCCCGGAGUCACAGCCCAGUGAAAAGAAAGCCCGACAAAAUAACAGCUAGUGAGGAUCCACCUGUGAUUUCCAAAAAGCGCCACUAUGACACGGAUGAGGUACGACAGUACAUUGUUAGACAGCAGGAGGAAAGGAGGAGGAAGCAAAACGAAGAGAAGAAGGCUCAAAAGGAGGCUACAGAACAGAAGAAUAAACGAUUACAGGAGCUCUACCGGAAACAGAGAGAAGCCUUCACCAAAGCAAAAACUGUGCCUCCUGAUCCAUCAGGCUCUAGGCGGCUACAGGAAACUUACUCCAAAUUGCUGCUAGAGAAGACUUUGCUUGAAGAGCCCCCUCAUCACCGUGUGACACAGGAAGCACAGGCCAGACCUGGGUAUCAACCAUCUGGAGAAUCUGAUAAAGAAAACAAAGUACAGGAGCGUCCCCCCAGUGCAUCCUCUAGUAGUGACCUGUCCCUAUCAGAACCUCCACAGUCUCUUGCAAGCAGACGAGACCUGAUGGAACCUGCGUGGAUGCAGCCAGACAGGUUGAGCCCACGAGUUCACAGCUCUCAAGCACAACCCCUUGUUGGAACAGCUGAAAAUUUGCUCUCCCAUCUCUUACAACUUGAGCACGUAGGAAUUUUGCACAAGGACUAUGACUCCAUUUUACCAGCCAAAAAGAGUCAUAAUAAGGCUUCAGGACCGUUAAUUUUCACACCUCAACCAUAUGUGACCUCACAAGCUCCUCAUCCAGAUGCCUUGUUAAAACCUAGUGCCAGCCAAUACAAGAGUAAACUAGAUCGUAUUGAAGCCUUGAAAGCAACAGCUGCUUCUCUAUCCAGUAGGAUUGAAAGUGAAGCUAAGAAAUUAGCUGGGGCCAGCAUUAACUAUGGGUCAGUGUGGAACUCUGAGUACGAUGUGAAGCAGGUACCUCAAGAGAAUGGACUUUGGACUAAAGCUAUCAGUCCACCUGUGAAAGAGGACAUUGAAGAUGUUUUCUCUGCCCGGAUUCAGAAGAUGCUGGGAACCUGUGUGUCUCAUGCACCUUUUGAUGAUGAUCUUCCUGGUGUAGGCAGCCUUAGUGAAUAUAAAAAACUUCCUGAGAUGAUCAGACCCCAGAGUGCCAUAUCAAGUUUCAGAAUGAAAUCUCCUGGUCCUAAGCCAGGAGGGCUGCUGGCACAGUUGUGUAAGAGGCAGAGUGAUUCUUCUACCUCUGAUGUACAAGGCUGUUCUCAAGAAAGAGCCAAAAGGUCUCUCUGUUCCAGCAUAGACUCAGUCAGUGAAGGGCCUCUUCUUAGUGAAGGAAGUCUUUCUGAGGAAGAAGGAGGCCGGCAUGCACGACCCCUGAUGAAGGUAGCAGAAACCUUAAAGGAAAAAGAAUUUUGUGCUGGAGAGAGAAGUUCUUAUGAACCCAUCAAAGAGUUUCAGAAAGAAGCUGAGAAAUUCAUGCCACUUUUGGGGCACAUAGGUAAUACACAAAGCAAAGGACCAUGGGAAGAGCUGGCAAAGGGAAGUCCACACAGUGUCAUUAAUAUUUUUACCAAGUCGUAUCAGUUAUAUGGAAAAGGGUUUGAAGACAGGGGAACAUUGGCAUCACGGCCUUUGAAUGUCACCACAACCCCACUCAGCAGUGUUUCCUAUGAAGAUGAUUUUGUCUCCUCUCCAGGAAGUGGGACAUUGACAGAAAAAAAAUCAGCUCUUGAAUCUCAACUUGGUGGUAGCAACUUAGGCAUUCAGGAAGACCAUUCUACCAGAAAGUCUGCCUAUGAUCUUUCCUCUGUGGAUGCUACCUCUCAGCAUUCAUCAGGAGCUCAGUCUGCUCUAUCAUCUCGUUCAUCUGCUUCUAAAGGAAAUAAAGGAAAAAAGGAAAAGGAAUGGUUGGAUUCACUUACUGGAAAUGCUCAGAACUCACUUAGUGAUGAGGGAAAAGUUCAGUCUGACUCAGAACGUGGUUCCCAUCAAGGAAAGAAACUUGGAACUGGCAGCAAACUUGCCAUUAGAGACUAUGAACAGACUCUGGACACUGAAAACACUCUGGAAGAACUUUCUGGGCAUUCUGUGAGUGGCUCAUCAGACAAGGGAAGAUCUCAGAAGACUCCAACUUCUCCCUUAUCUCCAAGUUCACAGAAGUUGUUACAGUUUGACCUUCCUGGGACUUCUUUAGACAUUUCUAAGUCCUCAGCCAUAGUACCUUCAACUGCAACUGGACUGAAGCCCACUGCGGCUUUCCCUGAUGUGAAUAAAGCAGAGAUGGCUUCAGCACUAGGUUCUAAGCGUUUUUCUCCUGCUGGCCUUCAGCAUCGCAUGGCUGCAGAACUCAGUUACCUGAGUGCCAUUGAGGAGUCAGUGCGUCAGCUGUCAGAUGUGGAAAGAGUUAGGGGCAUUUCACUUGCUCAGCAGGAGAGCGUAUCUCUGGCUCAGAUCAUAAAGGCACAACAGCAACGUCAUGAAAGAGAUUUGGCCUUGUUGAAGCUAAAAGCUGAGCAAGAGGCUCUGGAGUGCCAGAGACAGUUAGAAGAAACCCGGAACAAAACAGCUCAGGUCCAUGCAGAAUCAUUGCAGCACGUGGUUAAAUCACAAAAAGAAGUGACUGAGGUCCUCCAGGAAGCAACUUGUAAAAUAGCAGCUCAGCAAACAGAGACUGCACGUCUCACCACAGAUGCAGCUCGGCAGAUCUGUGAGAUGGCAGAGCUAACUCGAACACACAUCUCCGAUGCCAUCAAUGCUUCUGGAGUUCCCUUAGCCACACUGCAUGACCACCAGCGGCAGCAGCUUCCAGACUUUAUGAAGCAACUAAGGACCAAAGCUGAGACAGACAGGAUAAGUCAGUCUGUUUCACUCUCCCAGAGUAAAGAAGGCACUGUGGACUCAAAGCGUCCGAAGUAUUCCCCUUCGUAUGAUAGUUAUUCUGAGCUGUCAAGAUAUAAGAAUCAUGAUCGAAGAAGUAGUAGUGGUAGCAGUCGUCAAGAAAGCCCUUCAGUUCCAUCUUGUAAGGAAAAUGAGAAGAAAUUUCAUGGUGAAAAGAUGGAGAGUUCAAUUGGUGAACAACUUCAGACGGCUGCAGAUGAUUCUUUACGAAGUGAUAGUAUUCCGUCUCUUCCUGAUGAGAAAGACUCAACUUCUAUUGCAACAGAAUAUUCUCUGAAAUUUGAUGAAUCUAUGACAGAAGACGAAAUAGAAGAAAAGUCAUUUCGAUCUUUACUGCCUUCUGAGAGUCAUCGCAGAUUUAACAUGGAAAAGAAAAGAGGCCACCAUGACGACUCAGAUGAAGAUGCUUCCCCGGACAAGACCGCACUGUCCUCUACCAAGGAACUGAGCAUGCCAUUCUCGGGAGGCCAGGACAGCUUUUCUAAAUUCACUAUGGAGAUGGUGCGACAGUACAUGAAAGAAGAGGAAAUGCGUGCAGCUCACCAGUCCUCACUUCUGCGUCUUCGAGAAAAGGCCUUAAAGGAGAAGACAAAGGCUGAAUUAGCCUGGCUAGAACACCAAAAAAAACAUCUCCGAGACAAAGGGGAGGAUGACAAGAUGCCCCCGCUCCGGAAGAAACAGCGAGGUUUGCUUUUAAGACUGCAGCAAGAAAAGGCAGAAAUAAAACGUCUUCAAGAAGCCAAUAAGGCAGCUCGGAAGGAAAGACAACUGAUUCUUAAGCAGCAGGAAGAGAUAGAAAGAAUCCGGCAGACUACUAUAAAACUGCAGGAGAAAUUGAAGUCUGCGGGGGAGAAUAAAUUGGGCUCUCAUAGUGAUGAUGAUACAAAGGAUAAUAAGGCAGCUAGUCCUGAUCCGGCUGGUUUGGAGACCCGCAGUCCUUCCCCAAUAUCUAUUUCCAGCAGUGAAACCAGCAGCAUCAUGCAGAAACUAAAGAAUAUGAGAAGCCGCAUGGAUGAAAAACACUGCUCUCCUGUUCACUACUUCUUCUCUGUCUUUACGUCUCACCACUGGGCCUCUCUCAGUGUCUGUUUUCCCAACCUUCAUCCCAAAUUCCAGCUGUAUAUCUACAACCAGUUGGUCAGGUUUCUGACAAAGCGAGAACAAAAACUAAUGCAACGACGUCAACAUGCAGAGGAGCUCCUGGAAUGGAAGCGACGUCUAGACGCAGAAGAAGCAGAAAUUCAACAAAUGGAAAAACAAGCUUUGGCUGCCUGGGACAAAGAGCUAAUAAUAAAACCCAAAACUAAGAAAGAGCUAGAAAGCCAGAGAAUGGAGCAGAAAGGAAUAGCAAGUGAAGAGGGAUCUCCAAUGCCUUCCUACUCUCCCCGGAACACUGAAAGUUAUAUUCCAGAAGAAUUAGGCAGCCCUUCUGAUCUAUGUGUACCUUCUGAGUCUAUGAUACAGGCCCAGCCCAGGAGUCCAGACCACAGUGUGCUGACUGAGGAAAUGGUUUUUUCUCAGGAACUGGAAUCUACCUCUCCUAGUAAACAUUCACCUCCCAGAAGUUGCUUAUCUGUGUCAAAGCAAGAGUCUAGCAAAGCGAGUCAUAGGACUGAAGGACACAGUCAUCUGCCUGUCAAGUCUCACCAUUCCUGUUACGGUUGGUCAGAUGAGUCAUUGUCUAUGACACAGUCAGAAACUACAUCUGACCAGAGUGACAUUGAAGGGAGGAUCAAAGCUCUGAAGGAUGAGCUGCGGAAAAGAAAAUCAGUUGUGGAACAGCUGAAGAGGGAGCAGAGAAAAAGACAGAAGGAAAGGCUGAGAGCCCAGGAAGCCAGUCUGAUCAGACAGCUGGAGACUUAUGAUGAAUUCAUUAAGAAAACUGAAGGUGAACUCAACCAAGAUUUGGAUACCUCCCCAGCAAACAAACUUCAACUUAAAACUCUUUCCUCUGUUUCUGAGAAACCCAAAAUCAAGCCACAUCCACUACACAGAUCUGAAACAACAAAGAACUGGAAAUCUGCAACAGAGCCAGAGCGCUCCAGAGGAUCCUUGGCAUCCAUUGCUGAGCAUGCUGAUUCUUCAUUAUCAUGUUCCGAGAGAGCCGUAUCAGAACGGUCAUUAUCUGCAUAUGCAAAGAGGGUGGUUGAGUUGGACAGCCAGGUGGAACACUUGCAGACCUCAUCUCCAGUUCUGUCAUCGAGAAAAACACGGACAGAAUCUGUGGAUUCUCUCGAAAGUGCACCUUCACUAUCUCCUCUGAAGGAAUUAAGUGUGCCUAAUAGGGUUUAUGAUGUGUCAGAUGCUAAGGCUGAAGAUUCUAGUCAAAAAUCAGAAAUACAAGAAAUAGAUUAUACAAAACUGGAGAAGAGUGAGGUUGAAGAUGCCAGUUCUAAGCAUUCAGGGGAAUCUGAAGUCUUACUGAGACUAGACCUGACCUCUGAAAUCCUUCCAAAUAAAGAGCUUCCUUCAGACUCUGCAAAUGUUCAGAAAGAUUUAGUUAAAUCAACCACUGAAAUUUUUCAUGAAAAAGAGGAAGAGUCUGAAAAAGAGAAAGAGAAUCAGUCCGAUCAAAGUAUAGAUCACAGUCAAGACAUCCAGUCAGCAAGAGAUAUCCAUGAGCAAAAGUGCAGAGAGAAGGUGGACUUGUCCUUGUCAGGACACCUGUUUGUUCCUAAAGAAUCAUCUUAUUCUGAUGAUUUCGAAGUGUCUUCUUUCAAGAAAGGGAUUUCUGCUGAUGAGAUUAGCAAAGAUGACUCUGAGGUGUUGCCAUCACUCAGGAAAGACUCACAGUCUCACAGAGAUAGGUCAGCAAGGAGCUCCAGAAGUCGAGCCGCUGGGUUAGGAAGUGAUGAUGAAAUCAGUGAGUGCCUAAGUGAGAAAAGCCUAUCCAUUCACAGCCAUGUCCAUUCUGAAAGGCUGCUAGAGCUCAAGUCCCCUACUGAGCUGAUGAGAAGUAAGGAGCGCAGUGAUGUGGGGCACGAGCAGAGUGUUGCUGAGCCCCUUUCCCUGCCUGCAGUCUCUGCUUCUGAUGAGCUACUGGACUUCCACAUUGGGGAUAGGGUGUUGAUUGGCAAUGUUCAGCCAGGCACUCUUCGAUUCAAAGGGGAGACUAAUUUUGCUAAAGGAUUUUGGGCUGGAGUAGAACUGGAUAAACCUGAAGGAAAUAACAAUGGAACAUACGAUGGUAUUGUAUAUUUUGUGUGCAAAGACAAGCAUGGUAUUUUCGCUCCUCCUCAAAAAAUAUCUCACAUUCUAGAAGACUUUAAUGAGUAUAUAGACGUUAAUGAAGAUGAAGAGUCUUACUCAGAUGUACAGUCUCAAAACUAUAAUCAAGAGCAAAAAGAUAUAAAGUGUCUAAAAGACAGAGAAAACGAUAUAGCUGAAUAUUUUUGUGAGAAAUCACUACCUAGUAUGCAUAAUAUAGAAGCCUCAGUGGAUAAAGAUAGAAGCCUUAACAUAGUACCAGACAGUAAACUGGACAUUUCUGGGGACCCGGAAGCCCAUCUUCACCAACAAUCUUCAGUAGAGCCUCUGAUUUCUUGUGAGGAGAAUAAAGCCUUUGUUUCCGAUGCCACAGAAAAUGUUCCUGCUGCUGCAGGUGCUGCUACUUCAGAUGACACUUUUUCUGAAGAAUCAAAGCAACAACAGCUUGCAGAGAAGGAAGAAAACUUCUCUUCCCAAGUUUCAGAAAAGCCUUCUACCCCACUUCUGGAUCUUUUAACAAGAGAAAAAAACCAAUUAGAAGCUCAGCUGAAGUCAUCAAUAAGUGAAGAAAAAAAGUCAACGCAACAACUAGAAACAGUCAGCUUACUAACAGAAAAUUUACUAAAAGAUUUUGUGAAAGAUACAGUUAGUCAACUACAACAAAUCAAAAAGGCUAGGAAUAAGAAAAUCCAGCUUAGCAAUCAGGAGUUUCUUGACCAAAAGAAAGUACCGCCCCAAGACCUACCCCAAAAUAUCGAGGAACAAUCACCCAGUGUUCCAAGUUGCUUUUUAAGGUCUGAAUUGGAAGAUGAAAAAGAAGAGAUUUCUUCUCCAGAUAUGUGUCCCAGACCUGAGAGCCCAGUGUUUGGUGCCAGUGGGCAGGAAGAGCUAGCUAAGAGGCUUGCUGAGCUUGAGCUCAGCCGUGAGUUCCUGAGCACAUUAGAUGACCAAGACUGGUUUGAUGAAGAUUUUGGCUUGAGCUCUUCUCACAAGAUCCAAAAGAAUAAGGCAGAAGAAACCAUUGUACCUCUAAUGGCAGAACCGAAGCGAGCACCCCAGAAGCCGUGUGAAACGUUAUUGGCAGUUCCCCAUACGGCGGAAGAAGUAGAGAGCCUUGUCCACAGUGCAGCAGAGGAGCUCUGGACAUGCAAAGAAUUAGGCCAGGACCUUGGAAGCCUCAGUAUUCCUACAAAACUCCUUGGCUGUGCCAGUAAGGGUCUAGACAUAGAAAGCACUAGUAAAAGAGUCUACAAACAGGCGGUUUUUGACUUAACAAAAGAGAUUUUUGAGGAAAUAUUUGCUGAGGAUCCCAACUUGAAUCAGCCUGUGUGGAUGAAGCCGUGUAGAAUCAACUCUAGUUAUUUCCGACGUGUAAAAAAUCCAAAUAACCUUGAUGAAAUCAAGCACUUCAUAACAACUGAAGUACUCAAAUUGUUUAGUCUUAAGAAGGAGCCAAACCACAAAACAGAUUGGCAAAAAAUGAUGAAAUUUGGAAGAAAGAAGAGAGAUCGAGUAGAUCACAUCCUGGUCCAGGAGCUCCACGAGGAGGAGGCACAGUGGGUUAACUAUGAUGAGGAUGAGUUGUGUGUGAAGAUGCAGCUGGCUGAUGGGAUCUUUGAGACCUUGAUCAAAGAUACUAUUGAUGUUCUCAAUCAGAUCAGUGAAAAACAGGGGAGAAUGCUACUUGUGUGACAUCUUGCAAAUAAAUCGAACACUGAGUGCUAACAUGAGUCCUGGGCCUUUCUGCCUCCUGAUAUACACCCCAUCUCCACCGUAGCAAGAAUGCUUCUGGACCUUGAACCUGUUCUUAUGGACUGCUGGUUUGGAGUUCAUGGGACAAUGUGGUAUAUCUGGUAUUACAGCCUUUGCCUUUACAGACUGUCCACUGGAUUGUGUGGUUCUUUCCCGUGGGCAGGGUUAUGCUGAUGUUGAGACUUGGUAUCACCGCACACCUCAUUAGCACCCAUACCUACUAGGUCUCAGAUGAGGGCUGAGAACACCAGACUGACCUCCAAGCUUAGACAAGGCUUGGAUCUCCUCAUGAGACGUGAGUCUCAUCAGGAAAGAGGGAUAUAUAAAUUCAUCUUUUAAAUUUCAAAACGUAAUCCUGGUCUAUACAAUGAAAGUCAAAAAUGGACAUUCUAGUCUCUGAACAGUAUUAACACAUAACCACUUCCAAAAUAGGCAAAUUCAAGAUUGUCUGCCUAUUCCAGAUUCUGGAGUUUAUUUCUUCUUGAAGACCAGUCUCUUCCAUUCUUGAAGUUGAGCAGCACCAAGUGGAUGUCAGAAAUAAGUGGUAGCUUUGCUUUUUGGGCACCACCGUAAGGAACUAUAACCCAUUGCAUUGUGUUUAAUUUUCCUGUCUAAGCAAAAAGCAGAUGCCUACUGACGACGAGGCUCCUCCAGGACUGCUGCGGGCUUCUCCUCUGCCCUUGUCCCACCCUGCGCUUUCUUCAUUUGUCCUAACCUCUACCAGCUGCUCUCAGAAUCGUAGAUACUCAGGACCAUCUCAGGCAUCCAGGCAUGGCAAAAGUGGAAAGAAUUCAUUUUAGCCUUCAAACUCUGAAUUCCCAUCUCUCCCCAAGAAGUCAGAUGCUGUUACUUGAAUGAUUUAGGAAAUGAGUGUGUGCACCAAAGACAAGAAGAUAUUGUCUGUAGUCUGCGUGCUUGUUUUGCUCUGUGGAACAUUUUUAAUUUAUUUUAAGAUAAAUUAUUAAGUUGAAGAUGUGUGUCCCUAUUGAGAAAUGAUUCUCAUAAUAGUAAACCUCCAUUUUGAAGCUUCUACAGUUUAGUCUUCGCACAGGAAAGCUGCAGUUUUAAUAACUCUACACACACACUGAAGAAGUCAGUUCAGUUCAUCAAAAAGACACAGGCAUUUACGUCACCCGUGACAGCAGAAGCGGGAGAUGACUUGAAAUACUGUAAAGUUUAAUCCUGCCUCUCUUGCAGCAUUGCAUCUUACAACUAUUACCUGUAACUGAGGAAAAUCUCCAGAUUCCAGCUGCUACAUUGGAGCACAUGGUGCUCUCCUGGGCCCUUAGCACCUGCCUUCUAGACUGGUUUCUCUUCAUCAGUCCUGUCCUUCGUAAUCCCGGAGAACGUGGAUGAUCUUAGGCGUGAAUGUAAAUGCCUUAACCUUACAGUCCCGACUAGAGCAGCAUGGUAAGACGUCCCCUGGGUUCACACUUACAGGCACUCUGGACAUUAUGGCUUCAAACACAUUAGAAAACCCAAAGACGGCGUAACCCUUAAGUGUGCAUAUUUGUUCUUUUCUGCAUCUUUCUUCCAAAUUUUCCUUUGUGUCUCAAAUGUUUCACUAUGCACACUUUAUUCCUCUUCAGUUUCAUCCUGUCAUUACAUGAGAUUUGCUGGAACCAUCAUUGGGAAUUUUGCAUUUUGCACAGUGACUGGUGUGCUAGCUCUUGACAAUAGGAAAGCACUGAAAUGUUACAGUUGGGUCUCUAAAUGCUCAGGUCGGUGUCUCAUCAGCAUCUCUUCUGUGCUUUUGCUGUUGAGCUGUCGUCUUUAGCCAUAAAGAGCAAGUUGACUAAGAGAAGCAAAGGUUUCUUGGGGUUAUUAACCAGUAAUGUGGAAACAGUUUUCAUGUGGCCAGUGGAAGCUAAGAUAUUUCUCUUCAGUUUGUAUUCUUUGGAAGACAGGAAACAUCUUGUGUAUAUCCCUUGACUGUUUGUAGGAUCACAUUGUCUUUAUAAUACUGAACUUUACAGCUGCUAUAAGUUUUUUACAAAUGAAUAUCAAAUUAUAAUAGGAAUAUGGGUUGUUUUCCACAUCUUCAUUAUUUGGGCCUAAAGUUAAUUUUUAAUAAGAAAGUAUAUCUUUACUCUUUACAUUAUAAUGCCAGAAAAGGAAAAACAUACUGAUAUAAGUCCAUGGACUCAGCAAUCUGGUCACUUCCAGGACUUUGACAGUGACCAGCCUAACCUCCUCCAGCUGUCUUCACUAUCCAAAAAUCCUGUGUUCCAGACACGAGGCAGGAAUAGACAAGUCUCAUCCUUUGCUAGCAAUCAUAUCUACAGUUUUGUAGCAAAAUCAAAAGAAUCUAGCGUUAACGGGUUUCUUCCUGUUUUAACUAUUUGGAUCUAACUGAGAUGGGUUUAUUGUUAUAGUCAGGCAUGAUGAACGUGGAUGCCCGGACACUCGUUCCGUACUGGGAUCUUUUUAGUGAAGCUCUGUCUCAUAACCAAGAACCUAAAUAUUCCCUCUUUCUAAUCUUGUUCCUUCUCCCACACCCUGUCCUUUCCCGUCUUUCUGCAUAAUUCUUCUAAAAGAUCUUUGCAUCAGCAGUAAUACUGUCUAGAAUAACACUGUCAGAACCUAGUAGUAAACCACCAUGUAGGCUUCAGAUUUCCUUCUGAGUCCAAACAAUUUGUGCUAUCCAGGGCAGUUCACUCUGGGUUUAACAAGUACAGGGUAUCGAUUCCCUCUUCAGGUCUAAACAGGAAUUUUUAUUAUUCUAGGGAAAAGUGGGAAGAGCUCAAAAGUAGUUAAUGAGGAAGGUGACUUCCUUCUGUGACUACAGGUCUCUGAGAAAUUAUCUUUCAAAAGAGAUUGCAUUGCUCAUAAGAGUGUUGUGGCCUAUUGAUAAAAACAAUUUUGUUCACUUUCUUGUCUUGAAAAAAAGUGGCCUUAGCUUUUUGCAAUACUUGAAUAAAGUGUGUACUUGCAAAAGAAUUUCUGUAGCACAGCAUUAGAGACUCAUAACUUUUCUGCAAGAAAUUCAAACUUACAUCUUCCUUUUACUACCUUAAGAAUACUAGUGAAUAAAACAUUAAUUCAAAGAGCAAGUGAUAGAAACUACAAUGACGUUUAAUGCAAAUUGUAGGAAUUUACAUGUUUACAAAUCAUCUUAAACUGGUUGUGCAGCAAUUCAAUAAAAUCUUUGUAUUAUAAAAAUGUGAAGAAAAUGUAAACUGGUGUAAAGGAGGUACUGUCAUUUUAAUUAGCCUAUGUUUAAAGCUUUUCCUUCUGGACUUUGCCAGGCCUUCUUGGUAAAACAUUGCAAAGCGUUCUCUAGGGGGCUCAGCCUCCUUGUGUGUACUGUACUGUGCAGACAUGAAAAAUAAGCCCGUUUACUGUGUGUGUGUAAAUAGCCUGGGCAUCAGGCCAUUUUCAGCCAAUAGUCACACCCGUGCAGCCCUGCACAGAAGACGAAGGGUGUGGUUUGUAAGUACGCUCUGUAAAAUAACUGGGAUGAAGUCCCGUGUAUAUAUAGAUUUGUUAACUAAAAUGUACUUUAAGAUGAAAUCUGUAAAUAAAUCGAUUUAUAAAUUAA